AUGGGGGAGAAUCCACCACCACCAAAAAGACUGUUGGGUGACUACGGAGGUGCAAAUGCACCAACCGGCAGAUUAACAAUUGUCGACCAACCAGUGAACGUGGCUAAUUUCCAGUUACAUCCUAGUACUAUUAAUCAACUUGAAAGGAAGCAUUUCACUGGAAAGGUAAAUGAAGAUGCAAACAAGCAUUUGCAGAGGUUUCUGACUAUGAGCAACACUCUAAAGAUUGAUGGUCACACCGAAGAAGCUAAGAAGUUGAGAAUGUUCUCGUUAACCUUAGCAGAAGAAGUCAAAGAAUUAUUCUAUUCUCUACCAGCCGAUAGUAUUACAUCUUGGGAAGAGAUGGAAAAAGCCUUCAUGAAUGAGUAUUUUCCAGCGUCGGUUUUUCUGAGGAAGAGGUAUGAAAUUCUGAAUUUUAAGUAG